CUACUGAGGAGUUGUCAGUCUCUCUUAAACUUCAACGAAUACCAUAUUCAGUAACGGUUGCAUUGUUCGAUGGGCAGCAUUUGUUGGUUGAUCCAACUGAAGUAGAAGAAUCGAUCACGAGCGAACAAAUCACCAUUGUUUUCGAUGAAGCUGGGCAGUUAUGCACGAUAUGGAAAGCUGGAGGGUUGCCAUCUUCACCGGAGCAUCUAAAGCAAUGCAUGAAUAUUGCGCGAGAAAGAUACAAACAAAUAAGCAUGAUUGUGAAAAACUAG